ACCGGCAGCGCAUGCAACAUGGCUGACCAACUGACUGAAGAGCAGGUUGCAGAAUUCAAAGAAGUUUUUUCAAUGUUUGACAAGGAUGGUGAUGGAACUAUAACAACAAAGGAAUUUGGAACUGUCAUGAGGUCUCUUGGGAAGAAUCCCACAGAAGCAGAGUUACAGGCCAUGAUAAAUGAAGUGGACGCCGAUGGUAACGGCACCAUUGACUUCCCGGAAUUCCUGACAAUGAUGGCAAGAAAGAUGAAAGACACAAGCAAUAUAGAAGAAAUCAGAGCAGCAUUCCGUGUGUUUGACAAGGAUGGCAAUGGCCUUAUUAGUGCAGCAGAACUUCGCUAUGUGAUGAUGAACUUUGGAGAGAAAUUAACAGAAGAAGAGGUUGAUGAAAUGAUCAGGGAAGUAGAUAUUGAUGGUGAUGGGCAAAUAAAAUACGAAGAGUUUGUCCAAAUGAUGACAGCAAAGUAAAGACAUUGCACAGAGUGUGUUAAAUCUCUUGUACAACAUUAUUUGCCUUUUCUUUGUUUGUAACUUAUCUGUAAAAAGUUUCCCCCUACUGUAAAAAAAAAAUUGCAUAUAUAGUGAUUAGGACUUCAUUCCUCCAUGUUUUCACCCCUUCGCUUACUGUUACUAUUCUGAAACCUUAUUUUAGAGAAUUGAUGAAGUAACAUGUUGCAUGGGGCAUAUUAUAUCUAAGCCCUUCUGUACAUCUAAACUUAGAUGGAGUUGGUCAAAUGAGGGAACAUCUGGGUCAUACCUUUUUUUAAGUAGUUUUUCUUCAGGAACUGUCAGUAUGUUGUAAAAGUGUGGAGUUGUAACUCUGCAUGGACAAUGGACAGUCAACAAUAUGUACUUAAAAGUUGCACUAUUGCAAAACAAGUGUAUUAUCCAGUACUCGUACACUAUUUUUUUUGUACUACUGGUCCUGUGCCAGAAAUAGUUUUUACUGUUGCUUGUUUUUUAAACUUUGUUUAGCCACUGAAAGAAAAUCUGCUUAUGGCACAGUUUGCCUCCAA